UUGUCAGUGUGUGGUUUCACUUCUCCUGUGGUCAGGUCGGAUGGGAGUGUGUCUUCCUGAAUUGUGAAAGUUGUGAAAAGCUGACCCGGCCCUCUAUCAGCAGCGUUUCACCCACCAUGACAGGAAGACGAGAGCAGGAUGAAUGAGUGAAUGAAGAGAAGCAGCUAUGAAGAGAACAGCGCUUGUUCUGCUGACGACCAUCGUUCCCUUCAUCACAGGUGAGGUGUUUAGGGUUGACGUUUGUUCCUCUUGCCACCCAAACGCUACCUGUGAUGAUAAGACUGACGGUUCAGGAGGAAAAGUGUGUAACUGCAUGUACGGCUUCGUCGGAAACGGACGCACCUACUGCCAAGAUAAGGACGAGUGCCAGCUCCGGCAGAUCUGUGGGAAUCACAGUGUGUGCCACAAUACAUUCGGGAGUUACUACUGCACCUGUGUUCCGGGUUACAGCCCCUCUAACAGCAUGGGCAUCUUCAUCCCCAACGACGGCACCCACUGCCAGGAUGUGGAUGAGUGUGUGGUGGAGGGUGCAUGUGGUGAUGGUGGGGUGUGUAAGAACACUGAGGGAAGUUUCUCCUGCUCAUGUGGUACCGGGUACACAGUUCAGAACGGAUCAGAACCCUUCCAUCCUCACCAACACACGGCCUACUGCAGAGUGAUAGACUGUGGUCCUCCUCCCUCGGUCCCUCAUGCGGUUCAGCUUGCACCCCCCCUCACUCAUUACGGCGGCACCACCAGGUUCACCUGCGCCCACGGUUUCAACUGGACGAGUGGAAACGACACGUCUGUGUGCGGCGCUGAUGGACGCUGGAGCUUUCCCAGCAUGCACUGCAAUGAGGUGAAGUGUAGCGUCCCGCCGUCGCUCCCUCACGCGGUGAUGUUGUGGAACGGCGUGAGUGUGGUGGGUGCAGAAGUGCGCUAUCGUUGUGUGGAGGGUUUUUAUAACGCUGGACACGAGGACGUGUGUGUGUGUACCAGCGGGGGAACCUGGAGCCUCCCCAACUUCACCUGUCAAGAGGUGAAAUGUGACGCCCCGCCAGCCCUCGGUGACGCUGUAGUAUUAUGGGAUGGCAGCAGUAGGGUCGGCUCUAAGGUUCUGUACGCGUGCAGGGCUGGAUACAGAAGUGUGGGAACCGGAAGGGUGUCAGAGUGCGACUCGCAUGGGCGCUGGAGCCAAACAAACAUCACAUGUGAAGAGAUGAGAUGCUCUGACCCCCCUGCGCUGCCCCACAGUGGUCGGGUGUGGGAUGGCAGCGUGCGUGUUAACAGCACCGUGGUUUAUUACUGUAAGGACGGAUUUUAUCCUGAACUGGGAGAAAAUAAAUCGGUUUGUAUGGAGAACGGUUCGUGGAGCAAAGCGACUCUGAGGUGUCGAGAGAUCCGAUGCUCUGACCCCCCUGCGCUGCCCCACAGUGGUCGGGUGUGGGAUGGCAGCGUGCGUGUUAACAGCACCGCGGUUUAUGAUUGUAACGAUGGAUUUUAUCCUGAACUGGGAGAAAAUAAAUCGGUUUGCAUGGACAACGGUUCGUGGAGCAAAGCGACUCUGAGGUGUCGAGAGAUCCGAUGCUCUGACCCCCCUGCGCUGCCCCACAGUGGUCGGGUGUGGGAUGGCAGCGUACGUGUUAACAGCACCGCAGUUUAUGAUUGUAACGAUGGAUUUUAUCCUGAACUGGGAGAAAAUAAAUCGGUGUGUACAGAGAACGGUUCGUGGAGCAAAGCCACUCUGAGGUGUCGAGAGGUGAAGUGUAGCGUCCCGCCUUCGCUCCCUCACGCGGUGAUGUUGUGGAACGGCGUGAGUGUGGUGGGUGCAGAAGUGCGCUAUCGUUGUGUGGACGGUUUUUAUAACGCUGGACACGAGGACGUGUGUGUGUGUACCAGCGGGGGAACCUGGAGCCUCCCCAACUUCACCUGUCAAGAGGUAGAUUGCGGUGUGCCCCCCCGUGUCCCACAUGCAGUGAUGGAGUGGAACGGCAGCUUCACCGUCGGUUCUGUGGCUCGGUAUGAGUGUGAUGAUGGAUAUCACAGUGUUGGUGCAGUGAAGGUCUCUGUGUGUGGAUCCAACAGCCAGUGGAGCUCCAUCCAACUGCACUGUGAAGCUUCGUGUGGGCCGGUCCCGAUGCAGCCCAAUGCUGAGGUCUUUUGGGAAAACGCCACAGUGGUCGUGCAUCGCUGCGUUAAAGGCUACCACAGCCGCACAGGAAGUGACACAUCAGUUUGUGACGCCACAGGAAGAUGGAAGGUGGCCAACCUGUACUGCAAGGAGCUGACGUUUGGUGUUCAGGGGUUGGUGGUGUUUAAUGAAAAGUGUCUGCGCUGGAGGACGCCUGCUGGGGCGCCAGGACACAGAGAGCUGUACACAGUGGUGUACACUGGCGUGAGGGAUUUUGAUCCCAUGUUUCGUGAUAUGAGAAGGAAAGUGUUCAGUUUUUCAGAGUUCCACCCCACUGUGUGCUUAAACCUGCAGCCCAUCACCAACUACACCAUUACUGUUACUGCACACAGCAGCGGAGAUGCGUCCACUGUUACUGCUAAUACCAGCAUACCGGCCCCACCCACUCCUGAGGUCAAGUACAGUGAGGUUGAUGUUCCAUCACCUACACUUCGAUUAAGAAGGACCACCAGUACACUCGACCCAAUAUGUGUGUAUCAGGUGAUGGUUGUACCUGUGGAGGGGGUGUUGGUGUUUGAGUGUGGAUCCUCUCUGUUGUGUGGUGGUGAGUACCUGGCAGCUCAGCUGAAGCUCGGCGAGCUGGACGUGGACGUGAACUUCACACUGGGGGAUGGAGAGCAGUAUGGAGGCUUCUACAACGCUCCGCUGGAGAACGGGCAAGAUUAUUACAUAAUCCUUCGAACCGUCUGCACCUGGGGACAGGCACGAAAGCAGUCCUGUAUUAUCUGGGCCAAAGCUUUAGGAACUUCCUACGCCACCAGGACUUCAGCCAUGCUAACGUUCGUCUCCAUUGGUGCUCUUGGGAUCUUCAGCACCACAGUUUACUGCUGCAGCUGGUUUUGGAAAGGCUGAAACAUGGAAUUGUUUACUGAUUUUUGUUUGAGUUUAUAAUAAAACAAACAAAUUUUUUGA